AUGGCAGCAGCAAGCAAUAAAAGUACUACAUCAUCACAACAAAAAUCAUUGAUUUCUUCAUCACAAAACAUGACAAGUAUUCUAUCAACUAUUGAAAACUUUUUAUUAAGCCGUCGUAUUGAACAAUCAUCAACAGUUGAAAAUUUCAUUAUUAUAUGGUUAGAUGCUAGUUUAGAUAUACAUAGUAAUGAACAGAAUUCUUUUAAAAAUCGUUUUCAAAAUCUUGUACAUUUAAUAUUACUAUUCAAUGAAGUAAAUCAAUGCAUUGAUUUUAUUACUGAUAUUAAAAAUGAAAAAAUCUUUUUAAUUAUUUCUGGUCUUCUUGGUCGAAAACUCAUGCCAGUAAUUAAUAAUUUUUCUCAAAUUGAUUCAGUUUAUAUUUAUUGUACUAAUAAAGCUAGAUAUGAAAAAUGGGCCGAUGAAGAAAAAAAAAUCAAAGGAGUUUUUCAAAAUAUUGAACCUAUUUAUGAUGCUGUUCGACGAGAUAUAAGACAAUGUGAAGAUGAUUUAAUUCCAUUAAGUAUUUUAUCAACAACAUUUAAUCAAAAAGAAAAAUUAAAUUCAUUAGAUCAAUUAUUUAUUUAUACACAUUUACUUAAAGAAAUUUUAAUUGAUUUAAAUUAUAAACCAAAUACAAAAAUAGAUUUUAUUAAUUUUUGUUAUUUGAAAUAUCAAAAUAAUAAAUAUCAAUUAAAUAUAAUAAAAGAAUUUCAAAAUAAUUAUAAUCAAACAUCAUCUAUAUGGUGGUAUACAAGAGAAUGUUUUAUUUCAUCAAUGUUAAAUAAAGCAUUUCGUAUUCAAGAUAUUGAUAUUCUUAUUAAAAUGGGUUUUUUUAUUCGAGAUAUACAUUUAGAAAUUAUACGAUUACAUUCAAAAUUAAAUAAUAAACAAAAUCAUUUAAUUGUUUAUCGAGGACAAGGUAUAACAGAAGAAGAAUUUCAUAAAAUUUUAGAUAAUCAAAAUGGUUUUAUUUCAUUUAAUAAUUUUCUUAUAACAACUAGAAAUAAAGAUUUAUCAAUAUUAUAUGCACGUUGUGCUCGAGAUAAUCAUGAAUUAAUAGGAAUUCUAUAUCAAAUAGAAAUUGAUCAAACAAAAUCAUUAUUUACAUCAUUAGAUAAUAUAAAUUAUUAUUCACAAUCAGAAAAAGAAAUAUUAUUUUCAACACAUACUAUAUUUCGAAUUUCUACUAUUGAUCAAAUUGAAAAUGGAUUAUGGUUAAUACAAUUAAAAUUAACAAAUAAUGAAAAUGAACAAUUAAAAUAUUUUAAACAAUUAUUACGAAAGGAUAUUGAAAAUAAAAAUGAAUCAGAACGAUUCAAUAUAUUAAUGUCUAAAUUACAAAUGAUUUAUGAAUCAAAACCGAUCAAGAAAAAAAUACAAUCUACAGAUAUGGAAUUCGAACAAUCCGUUAAACAAAAUAUCUAUCACGUGCAACCUGAGAAAAUAAAUCUAUCGAUAGUUAAUGAUCAAACUGAACAAUCUACUGAAGAGAAAAUCUCUCACGAGCAAAUUCAAGAAACAAAUCAAUCGACGGCUAAUAAUGAAAUUGAACAAUCCGCUGAAGAAAACGUCUCUGUCGAAUCAACUAAAAAAACAAGUCAAUUAUCGGCUAAUGAUGAAACAGAAUCGGAACAUUCUCCUAUCGUUACUGAUAUGAUAGAUGAGAAGUCAAUGAAUCGACUACAGAAGGUUUCUGAUGUAUAA